AUGAAGACCUUUAAUAAUCUGGCCCUCGUGGCUGCGGCCUUUUCAGCUGCGGGAGUCGCUGCGGCUGGUACCCCAGUUUUGGCUCCCCGAGCUUCCUCCACGUUGACUCCUAUCACUGUCACCGGGAAUGCGUUCUACCAAGGGACCGACCGAUUCUACAUCCGUGGCGUGGAUUACCAACCAGGUGGCGGUACUGGCACUGUCGCGGAUCCUAUUGCGGACGAAGCUGGCUGCACUCGAGACGUGCCAUACUUCACCAAGCUUGGAAUCAACGCUGUUCGGGUUUACGCCGUGGAUAACACUGCUAACCACGACACCUGCAUGAAUGCCCUGGAGGCAGCAGGAAUAUACCUAAUUCUCGACACCGAUACACCCAAAUAUUCCCUCAACAGAGCUGAUCCUGGGCCAUCGUACAACAGUGUCUACCUACAAAGUGUCUUUGCAACUAUCGACGCAUUUGCCAACUACACCAAUACCCUUGGCUUCCUCUCAGGUAACGAAGUCAUCAACAAUGUUACUAACACCAACUGCGCACCAUAUGUCAAGGCAGUGACCCGCGACAUGAAGCAAUAUAUUGGCAGCCGCGGCUACCGAAGCAUUCCAGUUGGUUACUCCGCAGCAGACGUUGAUGCAAACCAAGGAAUUCUGGGCCAGUAUCUCAACUGCGGGACAGACGACGAACGUGCAGACUUCUAUUCUAUCAAUGAUUACUCCUGGUGUGAUCCAUCCUCUUUCACCACCUCCGGAUGGGAUACAUUAAUCAAGAAUUAUACCGGUUACUCAAUCCCUCUUUUCAUGUCUGAAUACGGCUGCAUAACCAACAAGCGUGUCUUCUCGGAGGUCUCUGCCCUCUACAGCACCGAAAUGACCUCUGUCUUCUCCGGCGGUCUCGUCUACGAAUACUCCGAAGAAGGAAACAACUAUGGUCUCGUCACUAUUUCCGGCACCACCGUAACCAUAACAGACCAGUUCACGGACCUCCAAGGCGCCUACGCUAAUGCCACCAACCCCACAGGCAACGGAGGCGCAUCUACCUCAACUUCUGCAUCCACCUGCCCCUCAGCGAACGAGAACUGGACGCCCACAGAUGAUAGUCUGCCUGCUAUUCCUAGUGCGGCAGAGAAGUUGAUGAAAACGGGUGCGGGGACUGCACCGGGUCUCAGUGGUGCGGGCAGUCAGGAUUCAGGCACGAGUGAUACUGAGAGUUCAGGGACUGCGACUGCAGGAAGCGGGACCGUGACGAGUACGGCUACUGCUUCGGGUUCGAGUACCACGAAGAAGAGUGACGGGGCUACAGUAGCAGCGCUAGAUAUGAAGGUGUUCUCGGUUGUGAUGGUCGUGUUGAUGGGUAUGGUUGGUGGCAUGGCUUUAUUGUAG